ACGCCAAAGGCCAAACAUAUGAAAGUAAGCUUAUCUACAAAGUAAUAAAAGACCAGACACUUGCAUCAACAUAUGGAGGGCGGUGAAGGAGAAGAAUUGAUGAAGAAAGCAGCAGCUGAGGUGGAGUACUGCGUGACAGGAGGCACGGGUUUGAUAGGGGCUUACCUGGUGAAGGCCCUUUUGGAGAAGGGAUACAAAGUAAGAACAACCGUCCGUGACCCUGAAAAUGAGAAAAAGGUCGGGUUUCUACGGGAUCUGAAUGGCGGAGCUUCACACGAAGGGAGGCUCAAGAUUUUGAAAGCUGAUGUGAUGGUGGAAGGAAGUCUGGAGGAUGCUUUUGAAGGAGUGGAUGGGGUUUUUCACACUGCUUCACCUGUGCUUGUCCCAUAUGAUGGCAACCUCAAAAUGACACUGAUCGAUCCCUCCGUAAAGGGCACCUUAAAUGUUCUCAACUCUUGUAGCAGAUCAAAGGUGAAAAGGGUAGUCCUAACCUCCUCCUGCUCCUGCAUCAGAUACCGCCACGAUGCCACCGAGCUCUCCCCCCUCAAUGAAUCUCAUUGGUCCGACCUCGACUACUGUAAAAGCUACAAUCUGUGGUAUGGUUACGCGAAGACGCUAGCAGAGCAAGAAGCGUGGAAAUGGGCGGGAGAUCAAGAAAGCGGGAAGAAGACGGAGUUGGUGGUGGUCAAUCCAUCUUUCAUCAUUGGUCCUUUACUCACUCCCCAACCUACAAGUACACUGCAACUCCUUCUCGCGGUAGUCAAAGGCGUGGCGGGAGAAUACCCCAACAAAACUGUGGGGUUUGUGCAUAUUGAAGACGCCGUGAAAGCCCAUUUGUUGGCCAUGGAGACACCCCGUGCCGCCGGCAGCAGGCUCAUUUGCUCCGGCGCCGUCGCUCACUUCUCUCAGAUCAUUCAGAUGUUGAGGACUAAAUAUCCAUCAUAUCCUUAUGAAACCAAGUGUAGCAAACAACAAGGAGAUGACAGCCCACACAGUUUAGACUGCACCAAAGUAAUGGAAUUGGGCUUUCCAGCCCCUUUUAAAACUCUGUCACAGAUGCUUGAUGAUUUCAUCCUCAGCUUCCAGCAGAAGGGCUUUCUCUCAUGAUUUUAUAUCAUCCUUGAUUGACUUUCUAGAGAAGUUCAAAACUUCAAAUAAUGGAAUACCAUAUCUAUAUAGUUGAGUACUUGACAUUUUCUUAAAACAAGAUAUGUCCCUAAUGUAAUACAUUUCCUCAAAUGGAAACCAUCCAUUGUUAAAGGAAGUUUUAGUUGAUUUAUACUUUUAUUUGGACUAGAAACAAUCCAUACCUUUUUUCUUUUCUACACCAAACAUUUUAUCGUACUCUUGAUGCAGGAAAAGUCAUCAGUCACCAACAAAUCGUCUUCCUAUAAGUGUCAUAUAUUGUAUUUUUCUAAAUUUUAAUAAAGUCAUAAUUUGCCUA